GGAAGUUAUUGUCGAUCCCGGAAGCGGAGGGAGAUUUAAACAUGUUGUGAUUUUUGAAUGAUGUAACCGGACUGGCGUAAUGGAUCCUUGUAAGAACAGAAAAGUACUAUACGUUUUUUUUUUGCAAAAGGAUUUGGUAUCCGUGUUGGGGUAGUAAGCAUUUUGCCAAGCUGACCCUGGGAUCCUUCAGCUGUUCAGAAUGGAGGUGAAACUGGAGGUGCUGCUGUCCUCCAGCAUCAAGAGGAAAAAGCCUUGGCCUCGGUUUAGCUGGCUUGGACAGGAAAAGGAAAGUGUUUUCCUUUUGGAUGACAAGCGAAUUAGUGAAAUAAAUCUUGUGUCAGGAAGAACAAAGAAAAAAACACCAAAACUUCAAUCUCUGCUGAAAAAUGUGGUCACCAUGACUGCAUCCAAAAACGGUGUCUGGCUGGUAGGGAUCCUGGGCUCAGGUGAGCUCUUUCUAUGGCACAAGGACCGGGACUGCUUAAAAACAGUAGCAGCUGCAGAAGAUGUCAGCCAAGUGGUCACAGCUUCCAUGGAGUGCUCAAUGAGACUCUGCUUACUUGUCUCUGGAGAUGGGAAGCGGGUCCUCCUUGCUUCUCCAACAGGACUCACUUUUCUCUGGGAGAGCACUGAAAACAGAGAUUUAGCAGCUGUACCUGGUCCUGCAGUCACAGGAAGAUGGUCACAGAUAGAUCCUGUUGAGACCGUGAUCUUGCCUACGACUGCAGAUAAAGAAAACGUGGUGCAUGGCAUUUUCAUUAAAGAAGAGACAGUUGGGGACUGUUGCUUCUGUUCAUUUGUGUUUACUUCUGAAGAAAAGCUGGUUGUGACUCUAUUGAAUUUACAGUGGUAUGAAAAUGCUGAAAGGCAUUACAGCUCUGUGCCAUACAAUGUGCAGUGGGUAACCCAGAAGUACCCCCUGGCUAGCCUGCUUCCAAAGUGCGAUUCAGUGAAGUCCAGAGGUGCUCUGGUAACGUCUUUUUCAGGAGAUGGGCUACUCUUGGCUAUUGCUUUAAAUCAGAAGGAUCCCAAGGCCUCCCAAGUCCUAUUUGUGAGCACUGUCAACUUUAUAACCAUCUCAAGCAGUCUGAAAGGUUGUGGCAGCAAGGAUCUCUCUGUGCCUUCAAAAUAUGUCAGGUCAUACUGGGUGGGUGAUAUGAGCUGGACUCCUGAUAGCCUCUACCUGGCCUGCAUGCUGAAACGAGGAUCACUGGUGUUUGUGACUCGCUUGGGGGACCUGCUCACUCUCACUACUUUUGGCUGCUCUAUGGAGUUUGGCCCAGCAGAGUUUAUUCCUCUUCAUCCCUUGAUAACUUACAGGCCCCCACAGUCUGUCCUACAGUCCCAUGACUCUCAGCACUCUGUCAGCUCAUGUGCCUCUGUGAAUGAUCUCAUGAGGCAGCGAUUUUCUGUGACGUCGCACACGCGCCUGCCCUACCUCAUCGUCUCUGACGGCUACAUGGUGACUGUCCUCAGAGUCUCUGGCAACUCCUCGCCUUCUGCCUUCAUUAACUCCAUUCUGGUGGAUACCACAGAAAGGCUGGAGAAAGCCAGACGCACACUUUUGGCAGCUCAGCCAAAGGAAAGAUCAAGAUUGCAGUUCAUGAGUUCCCUAAAAGUCAGCACUCUGCAGGAUGCAAGGUGCAAGGACUCCACAUUGGCUACUAUACCCCGAUUCCUGCAAGAUGAUGAGCCUGCGGGUCUUUAUGGUAAAACAGCAGAUUCUCAGCGUGGUGAAGAUGAAUCUGAUGAUGGCAGCCCCUUCCCUAGUGAAUCUGCUGUGGAUGGGGGUCGGCUGGAGUUUGCCUCCAUGUUUGACACUAUCCAUGCCAAGCCUGACUCCGCAGCCGAUACCAGCGACACCUUCGCAGAGCUGGGGCGCGUCCAGAGGAACAUCUUGACAGCGUGGAUCGUGGGAGUGUCGCUGGGGAGGGUGGAGCAGAAGGAUCUGCUCUUGAGACACACCAUCCGCUGUUUUGUCCGUUUUGCCCACCUGAUUCAGUUCAUGGACUGCCCCCUACCCACUUCUGUCAAGACCUUCGGAGACAGAGCACUCAAAAGGGCAGUGAAGAAAGAUCCAUGGAUCUAUCGAGUCCUCCGCCUCUUCAAACACUUCCUCACAGCCCUGUACUGGGACAUGGCUCACAGGCAGUGCUUUGGUCUGACAGUUGAGCUGACCAAGGAGAUUGUCCAGCUCAUCCUUUUCCCACAGAACGACUGGGCCUCCUCUCAGCAUCUCUCAGGGUGCCUCUUUAUUUUGAAACUGACUUCCCAGUACCUUAACACAAUCUAUGUUCCCCGGGGUGGCUUCUGUCUACUGACAUCGCAACAAGGUGCAGACAAUGUGUCUGAUUCAUUCGCAGUCCCAUUCCUGCAGGAUCAAGGGGACAUUCAAAAACUGUUUGCCUUCAGUUUGCCGUCAUCUCAGACUGUGGGUCACAACCAGCAACCUUCUAACAGGCUGGCUGAAGUCUGGAAGAUGCUGUACCAUCAGACGCUCCUCUACCGGGCCAGUCUCCAAAGACAGGCAGUCCAGCAGGGCAGUCACCCGGCUGACCAAACACUACAGCACGAAGAAUCCUGGACCUCUUACCUCCUAGCCCAGAUCCAGGCAGCACUGCAGGCAGCUGGGCAAACACUAGGGAAGAGCAGGAAACUGAACUCUGUCGCAGGAGAGCAUAGUUUUUUGCUUGGAUCCUAUCCUGGGUGCCUGCAGAUCUGGAGGGCCACUCUACAGGAGGAGAUGGUGAAAGAUGGUAAAAGAGCCUGCUUCCUGCAAACCCGGUAUUACUUGGCGAUCCUGUUCUCUCACUUGUACCACUACAAUCUGAGUGCAGCCCAGGGGCUGUGUGACCACUUGGCGAGAGAGGUGCUCAGACGAUCCCAGCUGUACUCUGAUGACAUUGAAACAUUUACAGUGGAUGAAUGCCAUGUUCCUGAAACCUGGUUAAUCAAAGACGUACACAGUGAGACAGCCUGUGCAGUGAUUCAGUCCAUGGCCCGGUUCAUGGCUGCCUAUUUCACCAAUCAGCCGCUGUACGUGCUUCCUCCUCACAACGUAGACAUCUUGCCGCCACUGCAGAGUAAGCCAGACCCCCUGCCUCGAGUUAUUCCCCUGCAACACUCUCUCGUUGCCAACAUCGUGCGAGACCAGCACCUGUCUGCAGUGUGGACAGUGGAGUACGCCCUGGACUUGCUGCUGAUUGGUGGUUUGGUACCAGAGGCAGCCUGGUUGGCUCACAGGCUUGGAGACUGGAAAAUGGCUGUCUCUUUAAGUCUAGCCUACAACCUUUAUUGUCAGAGCAAUUUGAACUUAUCAGGACUUAAAUGGAGAGAACUACACCUUCCUUCUGAUCUACAUCCAACACAGAUUUUUCAGGACAAACUCCAGUCUCUACUUGGGAGACAAGCAGACCCUGAAGAGCCAAACAAGUCUCCUAAUACAGCGCCAAAAAACUACAAACAGUUCACAGACUCCAUUGAAGAGGAAGAUGCUGACUUGCUAUUCAGUUCAGUACAGGAGAUACUGAAGGCAGCAGUCAUGGCUGAUGCAGACAUCCUCUCAGAAACCUUUGACUUACUGAUGCAGACUGCCAAAGACCUGACUACAAAGCUGUCUGGGUUGGUGCCAGAUGGGCUGUAUCUCCCAGCACCGCCUCUGUAUUGCCCCCAGCCUGCUUUAGACAAUGAGGCUGGUGCAUUGGAUCUGGCACUAACAGCAGAGCUGGUUUCCCGUCAGAGAGUGUCUGGUGUGCUUCAGAGGGUGCUGCUGCUCUUCAGGGCAGCUCGCUGCUCCCUUCCGUCUGCACAGUGGUACAUCCAGAAACUAAAACACAGCCGCAAAAUCAUGAAUAAGAUUCGACUUAAGGGUUCUCAGCCUCAGUUGAACUCUUUCCCAGACUCCCUGCAUAAAUAUGCAAGCAGGAGAGGUUUCUUCAUGCCAGGACCCAGUGGAGAUCAACAGUCUGACCCAGUGUCAAUCCGUGCAAUAAGUACUUUCCGUGAACUUUGCAGCCUGUGCUGGAUGUUCCAUGUGCGAGAACAAUUGUCAGCAAGCUGUAGGAGAUACCAGCUGGCAAGGAACAGUGCGAGGGACCCAGAGGGCUAUGUGGGAGCUGUGGAGUAUGAUGCUGGGGUGGCUGAGCACUGUCUUGAUGCUCUGGAGUGGGCUUGUCGCUUGCUGCCCUUUGCUAGGUUUAUGAACGCUGAAGAAAUCACUCAAGAUGUAAUCCUAAGCCUCGUGGGGGAAUUGCCUCCAAUAAAGAAGGUGGCAGAGGUCCUUGUGAAAGUGUUUCCUGAGCAGGAGGAUUCUGUACGAGUUCCACUGAGGGAAAAGUAUAACUGUCUCAUGCAACGACUAAGGCAUUCCACUGUCAAAGGUCCUGAAAGAGAAGAAAUGAUGUCAGUUGUUAUCCAAGGUCUUCUGAAGCAGAGAUGCAAACAGCUGAAACGUAUAGCGAGAAACAUUGGUCCUGUGGAGUUUCACAUCUGGGAGAGGGCUGAGGAGGGCAUGGCAGAAAAUGACAAUCCCCUCUAUGACAGGUUUUCACUGGGGACCAGCCUGAGCCAGAGCACUUUAACUGACUUUGGGAGACCUCAGGUAUACAGUGAUGACACAGCAGAUACCAUUUCAGAGCAACUGCAGGGAGAAGACAGUAGGGAUAAAGUUGCUAUAAAUCAGAGCAUACACAGUAAACCUCAAAGUAUGGAUCUGAUGCCUGAUAAAAAGAAAGUUUCAGAUAAACCGAACAGAGAACUAAAGCUGAAUGUUGAAAAGAAGGGGCAUGUGCUGCACCCCCUGGCACUACCUGUAGUGGGAUCCUGGGAGUUUGAAUGUGAUGACGAUGAGUAUGUUCGAUUCUUAGAGCUAUUCUUGAGCUACGUGCUGGAGAAGGGUCUGGUAAAUAACCAAGACCCCGGCAUUCCCUUCCUCUCCUGCUUCUCCUCGCAUCUCCGAGAGCACGAGCUCAACUCCCUCCUGUUUGAGGUGCACACCACUCUGAAACGUCGGCAGAACCAGAAGAAGGGCAGCAGCAUCUUCAGAGCUGGCAGCUGCUAUCACCUGGUCCCUGGACCUCCCCAUGCUCCUCUGGGGAAACCAGUGUCUCUGCACAGCGAGACCUGGAGUGCACAGUCAAGCCAAAGACCAUCUAACUCUAUGACAGAUCCAUCAAAAAACAACCUGAAUACUAAUCAGUAUUUCCCUGGCACUCAUAAAGGCAAACAGAAAGGUUUGUUCAGCCUUAGGCGGCAAACAUCGUCCCCUCCUCGUCAGGAUGGUUCCCCAGAAGCAAUGCUUACCCCAAGAUCUGUUUCAUUAUACAGCCAAAACACUUCUGAUCCCUUGUGCUCCACUCCCCGGACGCCUCAGACUGAGGGCUACGUUUAUAAGGCUUUGCUGCCCAAGGAUGUGGACCCGCCUAUGGAUGAGCUGACCCCAGAGCUGCAGUCCCAGUUCAGGCUCACAGGGAGGCUGCUGGAAUGGAUGAUUCGGUGGUCGGACUGCAGGCUCCUGUGUGGACCCAGUAAAGCACAGAGGCUGCUGGAGUACAGCACUGUGAUCCGAGUGAAGGCUUCGGCACCGGCCAUUCUCAGCUCUCUCUGGAUGCUGGAGAGGAGAUACUCAGCAGGGCUGCUGGUGGACAAGCACCUUCAUUCAAGGGUAAACCAGGUUCCAGAAAGAGAGUAUAUCGUAGCUCCAGUUUUCCAACAAGAGCCCAGGUCAAUGGUGGAGAGGGAAAGCAGUGUGGACACUGGUUAUCCUGCAUCAGCUGAAACCCCUAUCACUCUUUUAGACCAGGAGAUCUUUGAGUCACAGCAUGGGCUUGAUACAGAGAGGGCUUCCGAUGUGGACGAAGGCCAUAAAAGUAGAACCAAAGAUAUAAGCCCUUCCUUGAACUGUGAUCUGGAAGAAGUCGCAUCAGAUUUGGAGAGUAAGGAUGAAGAAGAUGGAAUGCCACUGGAGGAGGAAUUAAAUUUGCAUUCUGUAGAAGAAGAUGACAGUGGUCCUGAAGAUGGCUCAGAACAUGUAAGCCCCAGUAUCUCUGUGAGCAUUAAGACUGCUCCGAGGCCAAUUGUUGCAGAACAGGAAAAGUCACAGAGAUUGACACUUUCGGAUUUGGAGUGUCCAAGAACUUUUCCUGCAAGGGAGCAAGAGUUGGAACAGAUGGUAGCUUUGCCACAGGCUGAAGGGACAAAAGCUAAAUCAAGUUUACCAAACUCUGUGUCUGUUGACAUGGCAGCUGCAAAGACAUCAAGCCCUGUAAUAGGUGGAGAGCCUAGCCCAGCUUUUCCUGUCCAAUUCCAUACUCCAGACCCAAUUCCAGGCCUUUCAUCAACCACUCUUCCAAUUGGGGAGUCUCAAAGAAGAGAACCCAAUACACAGCUACUUGCUAAUUCUGAAGCUGUAAGGCAAAUGUUACAGGAUGAGAUGUUCAGGAUGGUGCAGCUACAGCAGAUCAAUUUCAUGAGCCUCAUGCAAGUGGUUGGUUCAUCAUUUAUGAAUCUUCCAAACGUACAGCAAAAUCUGCAGCAGACUCAGUCCAAUCAAAUGAAUGGGAAUCAGCCUUUAAAUCUUAUCAAUGAAAGGCCAAGGCAAUCCACAGGGGUGCAGCAUAGAGAACCAGCUCCGUGUAACCAACAACAGUCCUCCCUAGAGAAACACGCUGGUAGCUCCAAGAAUUUGAAUGCAGAUGAUCAGAGCAAUAAGGAAAAUAUUGCACAGAAUCCUCCGCCAUUGCUCUUGCAUCUUGACCCCCCACAAAGUCAACCGGAGAGUGAAGGUUUGAUCCCAGCAUCUCAGGGAUUGCUUACCACCUCCCCCAGCAAACGCAGGGUUCAGAUGCUGGUGCCGCCGUCUGACACCCAGCAAACUCCCACUCUAAUUCCACCGGAAAAGACAUCAGGCAGGGCAAAAGGCCUGCAGCUGCUUAAGCUCCAGCCCCCAGAUCAGUUCAAACUAGCCGCUCCGUCCGUGAAGCCUUUCAUCCCUUUGCCACGGGGCCCCGCUCAGUUCCUCCCACAGCCUCGAGAGGCCUGGGCCCCAUCAUCAUUAGCAUCUGAGCCAGAGAACAAUCCCAGACUUCAUCCACACUGGAAGCGCUCUGGGCCACCAUCCCACCUAAAUUUUAACCAGUAUGACCCGGAAGCCUUGAGAAGAGCGGAGGAAGACAAGGCCAGAUGGGCAGAGAAGGUUGCUAAAGAGCCUCCUAGACACCUAACCCUGGAGCAGUACGAAGGGAAUCAGCACCGGGUCCCUAGUGGAAGUCCUGAGAGGAGAGGGACAGGAGCUCAACCCCUUGUGCCACCUCAUCCUCGACACACUCCUUGUCUUGGACUGCCUCUACUGCGUUUUCAGCCUUCUGUGCAUCAGCUCUCCAGUGCCCGUAUGUUUCCAGAGCUCCAGACAGCUUCACGGACAGCACCUGGAAGACCUUUCCCCACAGGAUGUGCAGCUCCAGUGCACUGUCCCAGCCUACAGAUGCUUCAGGCUAACCACCCCCCUACUAGCAAGGUUCUUCCACAAACACUUCCUUUCCGACCUCCAAAGCUCAUCCCGGUUCAGGAGCUCCUUGCUUUUGAACAGAGCAGACUGAAGCAUGGUUUUGAAGAAGCACCUCUCAGACAUCUGCAGCUUCUAAAGGCAGAGAUCGAGCCAUUUGAAAGGAAAACUGGCUGGGAUUCACUAAAAAGGCAAAAAAGACGAGCUGAUCAGAGGCAGGAGGGGAAAAAGGCAACAGUCACAUUCAGACCAGAGGACUCAAUUAUUCUCCCGAAGGAGAAAGAAGUCACAGAGCCAUCAAGAUCCCAGCUGGGAGAGGGAUUUGUCAUUCCGCCUGGUUCUUUUGAUUCGGUGUUGGCUGAUCAAGCAUUGAUUGCAGGACCUGUCCCCACCUCUGCUGAAUUACAUUGCUUCGCUUCAACAAAGAAAAAACCUGCAGAUAUACAGGACGCCAGCACUAAUACUGAACCUGCUCCUUCUCCUUCAUUGUGUGCUGACCGCAGAACAGCUGCAGACAUUCAAGCUUUGCAGACUUACCCUCCAGUUUCUGUGAUACCAUACAGAGAUGUUGAAACUGCAGCACAAGUGCCUGUCAUUGACACUGGGAAUAGGCCCCUUAUCACUGCACUGGAUUCAGCAGCUCGUCAAAUACCGUCAAGAAUCCCUCCAGUUUUGCCUCCAGAUGUUUUCCUAAAUCUCAGGUUUCCAAAGGAAUCCUCACAAGAACCCCUACCCACAAGCCCUUCAGAUCCUGCCAUCGAGCAGGAUAUAUCAGGUCGGCGUUUCAUCAAUGUGAUUGAUAUUGAUGCUGGAGACCUUCUGAAAGAUCUGCCUUCAUCUGAAGCUGCUUCUGUAUCUGCUCCUGAGAGAGGGGCUAAACUGCUGUCAAAUGCUGAACUCCAUCACAUGGCAGCCUCAGUAACUAAUGCUGUUCAUCCUGACUCCUGUCAGAGAGAGAGUGAGACAGCUUAUACUCCUGCCAUUCAUCAAGAGACUCCAGAGAAGCAGCCUUUAUCUCAGGCAGAGAUUAGAGAACCAAAGCCUGCUGGAGAUGAAAUCGCCCAGAGGCUGCUACUGGAGAAGGAUUACUCUGUCCGAUCACCCAAUCUGCCUGGAAAUCACUCCUCAGCCAAACACAAGUUUACAGCCAAACUUUCAGAGAUGGAUGUCCAACUAACUGCUUUGCAGAACAUUGCCGAAAAUAUGGAACUUGAGUUUGCUAACACCAGGCUGCUGGUGAACACCAUUGAAAAUCUUGGCGCUGUCAUUGACCCAGAACUGGAACCGGAGCAAUACACCACGAGAGGAGUUGCAGUUACAGAAGAAGCACUCUAUCUGAGCCAUGCAGCCAGACUAGAGGAUCUCAUGGAAGAUGAUGAGGAAGAUUUUUUAUCUGAGACGGUUCCUCCUUCUGCUGCUGCUUCUCCUCCUGUCCUGCAGGGGCGCUCUCAUCUUUUUGCACCUUCCACUGCCAGCAGCAUAGCUGGUCUUAAUGCUUCCUCUGCUGCUGUGCCUGAAGUAUCAGUCUCACGUAACACACAGGACUUCGACAUAAUGGCAAGAGAGGCUCAUGUGUCGACAGAGGAUGUUCUGGACCUCACUGGACUGAGCGAUAUUGCUGACAUCCUUGGUGACCUUGUGAAAGAUGGAGGAAUCUCGGCCACAGAGCUGGGUCUGUCGGAAAUGCAAGCCAGGCGACUCUCCAGCAUGGGCAAGGCCAGAGGAAGGGGGCCAGGCAAGGCUCCUACUAGGACAGAGAAAGAGAGGCAGGAGAUCAGGGAGUGGAUGAAGAGGAAACAGCAGCAGAGACUGUCUGAGUAUCGUAAACAGAGGGAAUGCAGCCCCUUCAAAGCAGGCACUGCAACGAUAAAUCUCAGUUCUAAAGACAUCAAAGUUAACAACAGAAUUAAAGAAGAAAAAAAGAAAAUGGUGCUGUCAAAACACAACAGCCAGCGUGCUGUGGAGGCCCUGAAUCUGAUGAAUGAGAUGCUGUCUGACACAGUGCCCCUCCCAACAGCUGAACUCAGCCCCCUGGCAGACACACCUCUCAAAUCCGUCCGGAGCCAAGGACAACGAUCAGCAAGAGGGGGCAGACCUGUUGGUCGAAGCCAAUCAGCAGGUCACACAGCAAGAAGUCCAUCUAAUGUGGGCCAGACUCGAUCCCUGUCCUGUUCUCCUGGUCAGCCUUUAAAAUAUACAGGCUCUGUUAGGACUGGAGCAUUACAGAAAAAGCCAUCUGCUGCUAGAGGGAGAGCCAGCAGUAAAAGGAGCAGCCUGGGCCUGCACAGACCAGCGAGUGCUCUGCCCCGUGACCGGAUGUCGCAGAUCACACGCAGGGGAAUGCUGACUGACCUGAGCUCCUGGAAGAGCAAAUCCCAGACCAGCGAGAAGGACAGACAGGAUCCCAGGAGGAAUGGAUCUGCAUCCCACAGCCAGGGAAGUAGAGUGCUGAGCAAUGCAGGGCUAGGGAGACCAUCUCCAUACCCCAGGGCCCGCAGCACUAGAGUGGAGACAGAGACCUGGCCAGAGAGGGACGUUGUCAGUCCCUGGAGCCCACCUGCUGAGAUCAGAAGGUUACUGGAGAUGGACGGCUCUCUACAGAAUCCUCUGCUUGAUGAAGAUGGGUCUCCAUUGAGAAGGGGUAACCUGGAUGGUUUGGACUGCCUGUCUGAAAGCACUGGCAGUAUCCUCAGCAAGCUGGACUGGGCUGCCAUAGAGAACAUGCUAGCGAGCGAAGAGGAUCUGUAGACUGACUUGCAACUGUCCUGUCCCUAAGUUUGUUUUUUUUCUUUUUUAAACAUUAAUAAAAUCACAAUUGCUUAUGUAAUUUGUUUGAGAAGCUAUGUCAAAAAAAAAUUACAUUGAGGUUUUUUUUUAAACCAUUUAUUAAUCAAAAAAGAUUUGCCAGAAGAUUAAACUAUUGUGUGUUUUGUUUGCGUUUCCUGUGGUACCAUUGUUCAAUUUAUUUUAUUUGUUGUUCUUUGUAAUUAUGGAAAUGUAUAGUUUUUGUUAUACUUAAAUUAUUAUUCUGAUA